AUGUCUUGGGAAGUGCUGCCAGUGGAGGUACCAGAAGUAGAUACUGAAAACUUGUCUCUAGAGCCACUGCCCACAGAGGUGCCAGGAGUAAAUCCUGAAAAGAUGUCUCUAGAACCGCUGCCCAUGGAGGUGCCAGGAGUUGAACCUGAAAAUAUAUCUCUCGAAUUGCUGCCUGUGGAGAUGCCAGGAGUAGAUCCUGAAAACAUGUCUAAAGGAUUCUUGACCAUGGAGAAGCCAGGAGUAUGUCCUGAAAACAUGUCUAAAGGCUUCCAGCCCCUGGAGGAACCAGGACUAUAUCCUGAAAACAUGUCUAAAGGAUUCCUGCCCGUGGAGGAGCAAGGACUAUAUCCUGAAAACAUGUCUAAAGGAUUCCUGCCCAUGGAGGAGCAAGGACUAUAUCCUGAAAACAUGUCUAAAGGAUUCCUGCCCAUGGAGGAGCAAGGACUAUAUCCUGACAACAUGUGUAAAGGAUUCCUCCCCGUGGAGGAGCAAGGACUAUAUCCUGAAAAUAUGUCUAAAGGAUUCCUGCCUAUGCAUGAGCCAGGAGUAUAUCCUGAAAAUAUAUCUCAAGAACUGCAGCCCAUGGAGGUGCCAGAAACACUCUAUUACAUGAAAAAAGGGAGCUCCAUGAUACCAUCAAACGCAUUAGAGGAUGGAAACUCAGGCCUCGGUUCCUUGGGAGAUGGUGAAUGGCAAAAAAGGAAAGACGAUGGUACUGGGCCAGACCAAGGUGAUUUCAAGAUAGAAUCCUCUCCUUGCUACCUAUUGACCGUAAGGAUCAUCCGGAUGAGAAAUCUCCAGAGAGUGGAUGCCUUAAGCCAGGCUGAUUGCUAUGUGUCCUUGUGGCUGCCGACUGCGACAUCUGAGAGGUCACGCACUAAAACUGUGAGAAACUCUGACAAUCCAGUGUGGAACGAAACCUUCUACUUCAGGAUCCAAAGUCAGGUCAAGAAUGUGCUGGAGCUCACAGUGUAUGAUGAGGAUUUUGCUACUCCAGAUGACCAUCUCCUCUGUGCCCUCUUCGAUACUGCUAAACUUCCACUUGAUAGAACAGUGAUCCUGUCCUUCAAGCCUAGUGCAGAUGCCAAGGAGGAGCUAGAGGUUGAAUUCAAAUUGGAGCUUGCACCUGGUCCUCAUGAAACGAUUGCUAGCAAUGGAGUGCUGGUGUGUCGUGAACUUUGCUGCUUGGAAGUUGAAGUGGCAGAGAAGACGAAGCAAAAAUCAAAGAAAGAGCUUUCCCUCACUGUGAAGGGCUCCUUUGAGGGGACGCAGGAUAUCGUGCUGGGCCCCAAUGGAGUUGUCAGCCCGUCGUGUCCCACCGAGUUCCACUACAUCAAGUACGCAGAGCCAACGCUGGAUGUCAUGCUGCCAAAGAAGAGGCGCUACCACCCUUGGUCCUGUAGGUACAGUACAGAGACGGGCUCCCCAGUCGUGAUGCUGAACUCGCUGCCCAUGGGAAGGAAGACGACCAUUGCAGAGGAGAAAAGAUUUGAUUUGAAUGUGACAGCAAAAACUUGUAAUUGUUCAUGCCACCAAGACCUGGACAUGCGCUUUGGCUUUAACUUAUGUUCUGAAGAGAUGACUUUCCUGGGGAAAAGAAAGAGAUAUGUAGCAAGUGCUCUCAAAAAUGUUUUUCACCUACCACAUGAUCUGCAGGAUCAAGAAGUCCCCGUCGUGGCUAUCAUCACAACAGGCGGAGGACUGAAGUCAAUGACAGGGUUGUAUGGCAGCCUCAUGGGACUCAAGAAGUUAAAUCUCCUGGACUGUAUAACAUACAUCAGCGGGCUGUCCGGCACCACAUGGACCAUGGCCAACUUAUACAGAGAUGCCUACUGGUCACAGAGGGACCUGGACUCACAUAUUGGUGAAGCCCAAAAACAAGCAACAAAAUGCAAGAUGGGCUGUUUCUCUAUGGAUCGCAUGAAAUACUACAACAAGCAGCUUUGCCAGCGGAAAGAAGAGGGAUACAGGACAUCAUUUAUAGAUCUUUGGGGUCUCAUGAUCGAGUACUUACUAAACGAUGGGAAAGACCCCCACAGGCUUUCAGACCAGCAAGAAGCACUGUGUGAUGGCCAGAACCCACUGCCCAUCUAUGUGUCAGUCUGUGUCCGGGACAGCUACAGCACCAAUGAUUUCAAAGAGUGGGUGGAGUUCACUCCCUACGAGGUGGGACUGCUGAAGUACGGCGCGUUUGUUCGCACGGAGCAUUUCGGAAGCGAGUUCUUCAUGGGCCGUAUGUUAAAAAAGCUCCCCGAAUCCCGCAUCUGCUACCUUCAAGGUAUGUGGAGCAGUAUAUUUUCUGUGAACCUUUUACAAAUAUGGGGACUGUCCCACAGUUCAGAGGACUUCUGGAAGAGAUGGACACAAGACAGAAUAGAUGAAGUUGAUGAAGACCCGGUGUUGCCCACAAGACCCCACGAGCUGAGGACUCGCAUGUACACCCCCCCUGGCCCCCUGUCCAGCGCCCUUCGGGGAGCACUGACCGACCGCUUCUCCGUCGCCCAGCACCACAAUUUCCUGAAGGGCUACCAGCUGCAUAACAACUACAUGGAGAACGAGCACUUCUGUCGGUGGAAAGACACUGUGUUAGACUCACGCCCCAACCAGCUGAUGCAAAAUCCUGAUCAGCUGGGCAUGAUAGAUGCUGGAUUUUUCAUCAAUACCAGCAGUGCACCACUUCUAAGGCCACAGAGGGAAGUGGAUGUCAUCAUCUAUCUAAGUUAUACUACUGGAUCACAUACAUCGGCUCUAGAUAAGGCAUGUAAAUACUACUCAGAGCAGAAAAUCCCAUUCCCAACAAUUUCUUUGACUGAUGAAGAUAAGAAAAAUCUGAAGGAGUGCUACGUCUUCCAAGAUUCAGAUUUGCCAGGAUGUCCAAUUGUGAUUUUUCUUCCCCUUGUGAAUGAUACCUUCCGAGAAUACAAAGCACCUGGUGUCAAGCGCUGUUGCUCAGAGAUGGAGGAGGGCCAGCUUGAUUUGACCAGCUCCUGUUCCCCCUACUGCAUGUUCUCGGUCAGAUACACCGAUGAGAACUACCGCAAGCUGCUGAAUCUCAGCGAGUACAACAUCCUAAACAACUCUCAGAUAAUUAUGCAGGCCUUGCAGACAGCGAUGCAAAGGAGAAGGCAGAAAAUGUGCUGAUUGCCUGUCCUCUGUCUUCUCAGAGGAGUUUUUCAUGCUCUAGGACCCAGAAGGGACAUAGCUUUUUCAAACACUGGCAGUUCUGCACUACAGAAACCACCCCAGCUGGUGCAAUGGUUUGCUGGGAUUUUUCCGUUCCCAAGAAGUGGUCUAUAUAAGCAAAGACAUUGUGUGGGAAAUUUUUACUUACAUUUUGUUCCAUAAAUUAAGGUCGUCUGUAGAACACUCUUUGCCUAAAAUACUUUUUAGAUUUUUUAAAUAGUGUGAUUUUAAGCCUAACUUAUUAUAAUAUAUGACAUCAAGGAAAAUAUUUUUUAUCGCCACAGUGCUACAGUUGUACAACACAGCCAACACACCUAGAGGCCGUAAGAAGGGAGUAUGAACUUCUGCUCCCACAAUUCUGCUCUGUGGAACACAAGUUGCGACCAGCCCUGGAAAACAAGGAGAACCUGGGACACAACUGGAAGCUGGUAUUGGAUCCCUGAGUCAACUCUGUAUUGCAAGUGUCCCAAAAAGCAGCCACAGAGGCUGGAAACACAAGGAGGGACAAGUGUGUGUACACAACCAGCCCCAUGAUUUGCAUCCACAUCCUGGGCUCUCUUGGGUGGUGAAUGAAUCAUAUGUGAUGGGAAGGAGCAACUUAGGAGGAAGUGGCGUACGACUUUUCACUUAGUUUUUUUUUUUAAAGCAAAGGGUGUAAUUUGGGCACAUCAAAAGUCCCUGUUGAUUUAUGUUAGUUUUAAUUGGUUUGUGCUGAGACUAUAUAUAAAACCUUAACACUUCAAUUUGAAGCUUUCAAAAUAAAACACCCUGAAUCUUGUUUUCCCUACUGAGUUAUUUCUCAUAAUAAAAUACCAUUCUUAAAUUAAAAAGAGAAACUAAUUGAAAAUAUUUUACUUCCAAUAGGCAAUGAAAACUUUGCUGUGUUACUCAAUGUAGCAGUUUAGUCGUAUGUCUAUUAAAAAAACCUCUUAUUUGUUUAGUUCUGCCUGUACAUACUGAUCAGGAGUCAGAAGUCUGAAACAACUAAGACCAUCUUAAAACAAUCUGAAGACCAUGCAUCGGAUCUAUCACAAAAACACCAAUUCCAUUUGUUGUGGGCUUACAUUUUUAAACUUCCUUCCUUUUCCCUUUUAUUGAAAGUGCGUUUUUUAAACUGUUUUAAACUGUGCUGAGGGUGAGCUGUAAAAAUUACAAAUCCAUAACAACUUUUGCAUUGCAGGAGCAAGUCAAAUUGAAAAUACACUUUAUUUAUAAGUUUUUUGUCCUAAAGACAGCUGGGAAGCUUUUGAACAAAGAGUCUAUUCAGUCAGGAAAAAAGUCUAUCAACUACAUAUUAUAAUGUGGAACUAAAAUAAACCAGGGAAAAUGUUCGGGUAAGUUGAAACAUUUCGUGUUAAUAUUUUACAACACAUCUUUGUUUUGAAACAUAACUUCUUUUUAAUAGAUUGCCUACCUCGUCAGCCCAGGGAACCCAACCUGAAAAUAACAGGUUCAUUCACAGCCAAUAACAUGUUUGGCUUGUUACAAAAUGACACUCUGAGGAGUUUCAUUUUAGCAAGGAGUGAUGACAAAUUAUCUUUACAAAUUGGUUCACAAUGACUUUUCCAACAUUUUAGUCAUUUAUUAUGUCAAAACAAAACUUACAUUUUUGUGCAGCUGUAGCCUAAUAUUGCCAGCCUAAAGAUCAUGGCAUAAAUAUUAACAUUUGAAACUUGUCAGGUUUUUGAA